UGAAUAACCAAUUAAUUCUUAACCAUUGAUUAGUGUUUGAUCUAAUGGUCUAAAAUUAUUUUUUUUCUUCACGUCUUUCUUCUCCUUCUUUCACGCCUCUUCUCCUCCUCUCUUUCAAGUUCUUCACAGUCUCAGAUUUAAAUCUCUCUCACUUUCUGUCUUGUAAACGAGAGAGAUUCAUCAUCAUCACUUUGCUGUCGCCACGGAUCUUAAGCUCGGUCGUCGUCAUCAUCUACACUCGCCGCCAUCAUCCUUGUUGCCGCUUCUCAGAUCCGUAGUCUCCACCACCACCGCUUCUCACCACACUGAGAAACAGAUCCUCUCUUUCCAGAUUCAGAGCAGAGCGCCGGAGAUAGAUGAAAAGGGUGACGGCGGUGGCCUAAGCUUCUCUCCGCUGAGAAAGAGAAGACAGGGGAAGAGGAAGAUAGUAUUGGUCAUGGGCUUGUGGCGAGGAGGCGACGGAGAAUCUGGUGGUCGCAAGCAUAGUGGUGGUUGAGUGCGGUGGAGGAAUAUGAAGAAGGCUUGACGGCGGCGGCGUUAAGAAAAGUAGGUUUAGGUUUAGUUUUGGUUUAGGUUUAGGUUUCACUUUAGGUUAGGUUUAAGUUUGGUUUAGUUUUGGUUUAAUAUUUUUUUUGUAAACCAAUUUAAUUAUAAAUCAUUUUAUUUAAUAAAAAUUUAAGUAUAUAAACGAGAUUAAACUUUUUUAAUUAUGUUUUUAUUUUUCAUUUUUUUUUUAAUUUUUAUAGUAUAAACAAUAACGAAAAUUAUACGCUAUUAAAAAUAUUUAAUUGCAGAUAGAAAAGCGCUAUCGUAGAGAAGAAAAGAUAGCAGUGCAAAAAACCGCUAUCUAAUAUCUCUAACCUACUAUCACGGGCGAUGAUACAGCGUUUCUAAAACCGUUAUCGUAUCGUUAGAUAGCGUUUUUCGUCCGCUAAUAAAACUCAUUUUUCUUGUAGUGUGAUUUUGCUGGCUUUUAUUCUCAGAGGAUGUUAUGUAUCCUGCUGACCUUAGCUUCUGGGAGUUCUUUAGAUAGUUCGCCCUAGCGUCGAAACCUCUCGGGCACACAAAUCGAGAAGCACUUGCGCCACCCCCACCUCGACGCCGGCGGCGGUCUAGUUCGCCGGCGUCGUCACCGCUCUCUGCUACUUGUCUUCUCCGUCACUGUUCUCUGCAUCUGGGCAUCUUCAUCGUUUCCUUGAACUGUCACCACUUCGCUAGUCUUCAUGGUUCCCACCGCUGCAACUCCUACGCAGGUCGUCAUCGUCGUCUUCUCUCUUGAUCUUGUCGUCGUCACCGCCCCUCCUACCACUCCAACCGUCGUCACUCCUCCACUUAGCGUGAGUGAAAGAGCCAGAUCUGUUCAACCCGAAGGUAGAUUUACCGGAUCUGUUAAACACUUCACUCUCGCCACACCUCCGAACUCUACACUGUCUCAGGCGCCUCUGAGUCGUCUCUAUUCCUCGCCGGAAGCACAACAAGUAUAUAAAUGGCUCUGUUCUUACUCCGCCGGAAACCCGAGCACCAGCUCUGCGAGUCACAACGUGACGAGGAUGAACUUCAGAGCUGUGAGGUCUGAUGAUUUUGAUCUUCAUCUCCAAACACUCUCAACAAAGAACACACAAUUUGAACACCAAGCUUCAUCUCUAAACCUAGCCUCAAGGGAUUUGUCUAUAGCUGUGCAAAGUAUGGAUGUAGAAGUGAGAUAUUGGGUUGAAGAAAGUAUUGAUUUCAAGGUAGUUCAUUUCCUGUACGUAAAAAAUCAGAGUCUUGAGGACUUGCUUCUGAUUUUCAAAGUAUGGGGAGUGACUUGUUUUGUCAAUUUUCAACUAUUACCCAGACCUCUCUUCAUUACAGGCGCACCCACAUCACUUCCAAACGACCACUACAGCUCUCUCACCAUCAACAUUUUCUUUCUGUGGUCACCAAUCCAACGCCGCCUUCUCUAUACAGCACCAACAGAGGCCAUUAGCUGCAUUAUUUCAGAGAUUAAAACCUGCAGGAUGGCAUCGAUUUCUGUUAUUGCUGUGUCUGACGAGCUUAUGAUUCUCAAGGACAAGAAGGUACUAUACUUCAAAUUUCAUCUAGUACUUCUCUGUUUGUGUACCUGCGGUUCACCUAGCCGUCCCCCAAAUAGGGUGUCCCUUGUGAUAUCUCCUCCAUUGCUGCAUUUCAUAUAUACCGAGCCUCGAAGAACUGUCACGACGAAUAUUAACUCUAGAAUCAGAGUUCUUGGCUCAACUCUCUCUGACCAAGGAGAUUUAAUGGAGCUUUCAUCAUAUGCUGUUGUAUUAACGUCAACCGCCUCACCAUCCUCACCCAACUGUUUGCUUCACAUCAGUGUUAGAGUUGAUAUGAUGGGCUGUUUAGCUAAAUCUAGGCAUCUCAGGCCUUUUGGCUACUAUUGUGCAAGAGUGUGGAUUCACCAGAACUUCUCGCUAUUACUUCACCCCUGUGUCUCCAUUACAAUACGCCAUCUCAAGCAUCGAUGGUUCUUCACAAAGUCAGCUCUACAAUCUCCUACCCAUUUUCGAGAGCUAGGGCUCUCUUCAGUCACGAUCCACUACGACUGCCAAACGCUCAUUCGAGCUAUUUUUAACAAAAGUCAGAUUAAAGAGAUUUAUGGUGUUCAGCAGGAUAUCAUCAGCUUCUUGUCUUACUUUGUCUCUUUCUCCUUUCGGUUCAUCCCUCGUUUCCAGAACAGAGAUGUUAACCUUUUAGUUAAGCAAACCCUUAAGGUUCAUCAUUGUCGUUCUUCAUUUUGUUUUGUUGGCUAGCCUUUGGGUUCAAACCUUAUUAUCUUUUUGCAUUUAUAAAAUUAACCGUUGUUCAAAAAAAAAAAGUUUCUGGGAGUUCUGUUAAACUCGCCGGCGUAGUGUAAUACCGAUGUAUUUUCUCUCGAUGUUAUCAAUGAAAUCUUCUAGUGUUUAAAAAAUAUAUAUACUCCCUCUAUUUCAUAAUACUUGAUGUUAUGCUUCAAUGCACAAAGAUUAAGAAAAUUACAUUUCUCUAAAAAAAUAUUUAUAUAUAUAAUUUUAAAGUCAGUUGACCAAUUAUAAAAAAGAUAGAUUAAUCGUUGACCAAUUAUAAAAAAAAUAGAUUAAUCUAAUUGGUUGAACAGUUUUCAAUAAAGUUAAAGUAAUCUUAAAAUCUCAAAACUUCAUGUAAAUUGAAACAAAACAAUUCUUCUAAAACAUCAUCUAUAUUGAAACGGAGGGAGUAUAUACUUUUGACUUUCUCGAAAACAGUUUUGACUUCGAAUGAUAGAAACCAAAGGAAUGUGUCAAGAAGUAAAGAACAGCAUAAUAGUUUCAAAUAAAAAUAUACUCCCUCCGUUUCAUAUUAAGUGUCGUUGUAGGAAUUUUUUUCGUUGCAAAAUAAGUGUCGUUUUAAGUUUUCAAUGCAAAAUUUAUUAAUUUUAUUAUGCAUUUUAUUUUUCUAUUAGUUGAGAUGUAUGGGUAAUGAUGUUUUUGUAUGGAAAAUAUGUAAAAUUUAAUGAUUUUUUAAUCCGUGUGCCUAACUCUAAAAUGACACUUAUUAAGAAACAGAGGGAGUACAUUUAAAUGGAAAAAUAAAAAAUAAUAUAUGUUACUUUGGUAGUUGAAUCGGUUAGAUUUUGAGAGUUUAUUAUAUGCUUCACUGACAAACACGAGAUGAUUAAUUAUUUACUUGUUUUUACAAUAAAAAAAAUUAUUUACUUGUUUUGUGCAAAGAAAUGGCUUACUCGUUAUUUUGAUUUCAGAGUAAAAAUAUAACAUUAAUAUAUUUUAUUUUCUAAAUUAUAAUUUAUCUACAUCAACCCCGAAAAAUGGUCGGAACAGUACAAGGAAAUUCCGGUUAGCCUGACAAACAGUUCCCUCCUAGAUUACAUGUGAUCAAGACUGAGCUAACAAAAUAUGCAGAACAUUUUUACCAAGAAAAAAUAUGCAGAACACAAAAUGGAGGUAAAAGAGAAGAAGGUGAGGGAAGAAAACAUGGAGACAGUGCUCCUCUCCGGUUUGAAAAGAAAAACGAAACAUGAACAUUUGAACUUACGUACACUUUUGUCUCACUUCCAGCUAAUCACCUUUAAAAAACGAGACGAAUAAAAUGGAACAAGAUCUCCAUACUGGAAGUAGUAUUAGAACGAGAUGAACGAGUAAGUGGAUAAAAUUGAUUAGUAAUCAAACCUUCAAUUCCAAACAUAUAAAUUUACAAAAAAAAUUAUGAAAGUAUUGAUCAUUGUCGUUCCUUUAGUUUUGAGGAAAAGAAACGUUUUCAAGUUUAGGGGGAGUUAUAUUAGAUUACACAAGACAAACCAAGACAAGGCCAUCAAGC